UCUUGUUCCUACUGACACAGCUUAUGCUACGAGACAACCUCAAAGGGAGGUUGAUUGAAGUUUGGCGAAAAUAAUUUGACAUUGUAACUUAAUAAUUAUAAUAAACUCAGGAUAUCCGGUUGUACGGAUUUAUAAAAAAUAAAAUAACGUGUUCUGCUGAAUUACGAGAUCAUGGCGGUGCCUACGGCCGGUGUAGUGGUCCCUAGAAAUUUCCGUUUACUUGAAGAAUUGGAGCAGGGACAAAAAGGCGUUGGAGAUGGAACCAUUAGUUGGGGAUUAGAAAAUGACGAUGACAUGACCCUGACUCAUUGGACUGGAAUGAUUAUUGGACCACCUCGGACACCAUAUGAGAAUAGGAUGUACAGUUUAAAGAUAGAUUGUGGGCAAAGAUACCCAGAUGAUGCACCAAGUGUAAGAUUUUUAAGUAGAAUCAACAUGAAUUGUAUCAACAGCAACACUGGAGCGGUGGAUAAUCGCAGUGUGCCAAUGUUGGUAAAAUGGCAACGGGAGUAUACAAUUAAAACAGUUUUACAGGAACUCCGUCGUUUAAUGACACUGAAAGAAAAUAUGAAAUUAUCCCAACCACCUGAGGGUAGUACUUUUUAGCCUAGCAACAGCAACAUUUCGUAUCUUCCUUUUUACAGCGGCAAGAGGCAACAUCAAGGUGUACCAAAUAAAUAAAUCCUACUUCUAUUAUUAUUA